AUGCCAAAUAACUACAUUUUCCACAUGUUUUUAUCUCCUUUCUUUCAGAUUCAAGGUUUCCCUCAACCAUCGUCUGCAUCAUGUGAGGACAUCACCAUCCCUCUGUGCAGAAGCCUUCCCUACUCUCAGACUGUGCUGCCGAACCUCCUGGGCCACGUCUCUCAGGCGGAUGCCGGCCUGGAGAUUCAUCAGUUUUUUCCUCUGGUUAAAGUGGGCUGCUCCCCUCACCUCCAGCCCUUCCUGUGCUCCGUCUACGCCCCUGAGUGUGUGGUGGGGACGCCCCGGCCCCCCUGCAGGACGCUCUGUGAACACGCUCGCUCCGGCUGCGAACCUCUGAUGAAAAAGUUUGGUUUUGUGUGGCCGACAGCCCUCAGGUGUGAAGCCUUUACCACCGAGUCCUGCGAACACGUGAGUCUGCUCUCUGAGGACAGAU